AUGACAACAGUCAUGACAAAAUCACAGCAAAUGACUACGAAACAACCGGUCAACAGAACAAACUUCUCGUCGCCUCUGGAAUCAGAAGCCAUUAUACAUCACGAUGUAAUCUAUUGCAGUGGGAAGACUGGGCUCGACCCAGCAACUGGUCAGCUAGUAGGAGAUGAUGUGGCUGAACAGACAAAAGCGGCUCUCAAGUUGCUUGAAUCUGUUCUCCAUACCUCCGGCAGUAGUCUUGCAAGUAUCCUCAAAUGCAACUUUUUCCUCGCUGAUGUUUCCGACUUCGCCGCUAUGAAUGUCGCAUGUGAGAAUCCCGAACCCUAA